AUGGAUGAUUUUGUUCGUAACAAAUUAACUGAAUGGGGUCUCAGCAUGUGGAUCAAAACAUUUGAAGAUCAGUGCAUUGACAAGAGAAAUAUUUACUGUCUUGAUGAGCAUGACAUCAUUAACUUGAUCCCAAAAGUGGGACCAAGGUCAACAUUCAAGAUGAAGCUCAAGUCGUUAAAGGUUCUGCCAUCAACCAGUGACACAAGUGAUAAAGAAAAAAUCAUACUGUCUGAUGUGAAAAACAUCAUGAACUUUGUCGAUAAGAAAAUACCUAACCAAGGCAACACAAAGCUCAACAACUUCCUAAGGUAUAAAAUUUGUGAUUUGGAGACAGAGAAGAGGGAGCUGGUUGGUGUCUUUGGUAAAACUGGGGCUGGAAAGAGCUCUUUGAUAAACGCUGUCAUCGGAGAGAAGAAUCUCUUACCCUCUGGAAGUGUCAGUGCAUGUACCACAGUCAUGAUUAAAGUGGAGGCUAACAUGCUGAACUCAAAGUAUGAGGCAGAAAUUGAGUUCAUUACAAAAGAGGAGUGGAAAGAUGAGUUGUGGUCCCUGUUAAAUUUCCUUCGGGAUAAUGCAGAUAAAGACAAGGAAGAUGACGAUGAUUAUCAUGACGAUGAAAAGCUGUCAGCAGUGUAUGGAGAAGAAUGGAAAGACAAAUCUCCUGAAAACCUCAUGGAUGACAAAUAUUUCAGAGAAAUUCCAGAAUUUCUUCUUUCCAAAAGGAAGAUUUUGACAUGUGAAUCGGCUAAAGAACUGUCCGCAAAAUUUGUCAAAUUCACAAGAAGUGACUCAAAAGACGAAGAACGGAAAAAAGUAAAGAGGUGGUACUGGCCACUAGUGAAGUGUGUGACUGUCAGGGUGCCCGGGAAUGAUUCUCUCCAGCAUGUCACACUUGUGGAUCUUCCUGGAAAUGGGGACCGUAACAAGAGCAGAGAUAAAAUGUGGAAGGGGAUUGUUGGGAGUUGUUCUAUUGUGUGGAUUGUGACUGACAUAAAUCGAGCUGCGGCAGAGAAAGAACCCUGGGAGAUCCUGAAAAGUGCCAGUAGCCUCAUGGGAAAUGGUGGCCAGUGUCAAGAAAUUCACUUUAUCUGCACCAAAUCUGAUCUUAUUGAAGAUUCGGAUGAUCCUUCAGCCGCUGGUGUUCGUGCUCUCAUAUUUAAAAAAAACAUGCAAGCCAAAAAAGAAGUGAGCAGAGAAUUCAGCAAACUAAACAAGGUUAAGAAACAUUUCAGUGAUGACUGUUUCAAAGUGUUCACAGUGAGCUCCAAAGAGUUCCUAAAGAAAAAACAUCUAAACCCAGAUGAAACUGAAAUCCCCAAACUUCAGGAGAUCCUACAAAAUCUCAAUGACUGUCACUCAGAGACAUUAAACUAUGUGACUGGAGCUUAUGGGAUUCUCUCUCUGAUGCAAGGCGCCAAAUCUAGAGAAAGAGGCUGCAUAAACAGAAAAACAAAUGCAUGCAUGGACCUUGAAAAAAAUUUGAGACAUGAACUUGAUAAAGUCAGAGAAGCCAUGGACGAGGCUCAUAAGGCUUUUGAAAAAUGCCUGAGUGAGGGGGUUGAAAGAUCUAAAAGUUCAUGUGACCAAAUCUUGCAUUCCGUCUUAUAUCCUAGAGGGGUAAAAGGUGGUGGUUUUCACAUGACUUUGAAGUGUUUAGUUGUGAACAACGGCAUUUAUCUACCAAAAAAAAAAAAAAGCAAACCAAUAGACCUCAAUGUGAAGUUAGCUUCAAGCCUCACUGACAGCAUUGAUGAGAAAUUCAAGAAGACCUUCCCAAAUGAAGGAAAAUGUGGACCAUUCAACGGGGUCAUCAACACGUUUUCACUUGACACAAAGAUGCUGAUUCAAAAGCACAAAGAUGUCAAACUGCAACUGAUAUUUCUCAGGACAGAGGAAAACAAAAUUAAAGCAAAACUCAUCAAAAUCAUCCGGGAACGUAAGAAAACAAUCUACAGCAGUCUGAUGACGACAAUCGAGAAGACCAUGCAAGAAUGCUAUAUAAAAGCAGCAGAAUUUAGAGGACCGGGCACGCUGAAAAACAUGAGGGACACUAUUGAGAAACACAUUUGUGAUUCAAAGAACACCAUGUUUAAACAGGCUAAAGAUGUUAUGUUGAGCAAACUGAGACACUUGAAGGAGGAAAUCCUGCAGACACUGGAAGAAACAAUGCAGAAAUCAAUUGACCUGUCACUCAAGAUAGAUGCUGUCUCAAUCCCAGAUGUUACAGCGGAGCUUGAAAUGGUGAAAAAAUACUACCAUGAACUGAGAGGAAGCCCAGAUGGACAAACACAAAUGUAA